CUUCGGACACGACGUGCGGGGAACGGCCUGAACCGUCGCGCGCGUGGCGUGGCAUUUCAGGGCGUAUCUUCGAAGCCAUGCCUGAAGUCACCCAAAGCAAAUAACAGCACAUCUGUGCAUCAGCCAAGCUUUUAUUCAAAAGCGGAGGCUAUGCCCUAUACGAAUACCGGGAUUUGGUCACACACCAGUCUCCUCAAAAUGAACGGUAUCCCUUUCCAACACGGCCGGUCAGGGCUGCCCACGCACCAUAGCACGGAUUCGUACUGGCAUCGUGAUCCGUCCAAGAAGUUGUGGGGCCACCAGACCACCAAAAGUCUCCCACCCACCGCUGAUGUUGUGGUCAUUGGGAGCGGCAUCACGGGCACUUUUGCCGCGCGGGAGCUAGUCGCAGGUGGAAGGGAGGUUGUUAUGCUUGAGGCGCGGGAGGCAUGCUGGGGAGCGACAGGGCGGAAUGGUGGACACUGCCAUCCUGGGGUCUGGAACAACAGCCCCGAGGUUGCCCGCUUCGAGCUCGCCACGUUUGAUCUGAUCAAAGCCCUUGUCGCCAAAUACGAUAUCCCUUGCGACUGGCAAGUCGUCGGCAGUUUGCAGCCCAUCUUUGACCCGGAGGUUCUACGUGUCGCGCAAAGGCGAAUCAAACGCCUCCAAGCACACCGAGAUCUCCGCGAUAAGGCUGUUCUUAUUCUAGACAAGGAUGAGCUUGUGUCCCGGCGCGUGCCGGAGGCUAUUGCCGCUGUUUACCACCCGAAUGCCGCGAAAUGCUGGCCGUACAAACUUGUCGCGUGGUUGCUGGAGCAACUUCUGAAUGAGCAUUGCGCCACUGCAUUUAAUCUACAGACAAAUACGCCCGUGACGAUGCUCCACCGACGCGGCGCAGGGUGGCUUGUGCAUACAGACAGGGGCACAAUUUGUGCUCGAGAUGUGCUCCUAGCGAGUAAUGCUUACACCUCGUACUUACUGCCCAAGUUGACGGGUCUUAUUGUACCGAUGCGAGGGCAGGUCUGUGCAUUCGAUCCACCACGACCCUCGAGGCCACUACCGCACAGCUACCUCUGGAUCAAGGAUUCGAACCAGCAGUACUUGACUCACCAUUACUUAAUCCAGCGGGGGCAUGAAGGAGCGCAGAAAUCGGAUGGAGUAGACGAUGAAAUCAUAUUUGGCAUUGAUCUUGCCGCCCCAACGGGGGAUGAGGGCGUGUCGCGGGAUGACGAAGUCAACCCGAUUCUGAGUCAGUUGCUGCGUAGUAGCCUGAGACGCGCAGUGCAACUGCCCACUGGGCCUGAAGCUGGGAAAGACGCGCUACGCACGGCAUAUGAGUGGACGGGUAUCAUGGGCUAUUCUCUUGACGGCAACCCUUGGGUUGGAGCCGUCCCGGGCGUGCUGGUGACUGAUCUCGAGCCUGGAGACGAAGCUGAUGGAUUGUGGAUUAGCGCCGGAUAUACGGGGCAUGGCAUGCCGGUAGCAGCACGGUGUGGCAUCGCAGUCGCGCAGAUGAUGUUAGGGAAGGAGGGAGGUGUGAAAGUGCCAGAGCCUUGGGCGGCAAGUGAGGAGAGAGUGAGAAGUGCUAGAGAGAUGAAGUUUCCAAGGACGGUUGAGGAUAUGGCUAAAAGUCUCGCCACUGAUGACGCAUAGUUAUGAGC